CCCCUAACUAAUAAAGCCCGAUAUCUGCCCCGUGCCAUCCUAUUUGAAGGAACUUCAUCGCCAUUACUGCUUGUGGUUGAAGAAGAACGCGACGGAUCAAAGACUUUGCGUCGCCCAUCUCCUCGCAUCGCGCCGCCGCCAGCAUCCCCUGCCUCACCAUCGCGCUCGCCAUUUCCCUUCCCUUCGCGCUGGUGACAGCGAAGGCACAUAUCGACAUCACCUCCUUCGUGCCAGUCUUCCCCAUAUUCUCUGCGCCAUCGAUGCGACGGAAAUCGACUCGCGAUGCAUAUCUGGGCGUUGUGCUCGGUGACCAUGCCUCCGCUAGUUCUGUCCUUUGCGAUGGAGCGUCAUCCGUGCUAGAUCUGCUGUCCUCGAUGGAUUUGGUGGACAAUGACUGGGAUCUGCCACCGCGCCUCGCAGAGUGCGACGACUGUGGAGAUGCGGUUGUGGUAUGGGUAGGUUUUGGGCGAACUAACUUGGUUGGGACAGGACAGGGGGCAAGGGAGGAGGGCUGGGGGAUCUUGUGCUUACGGCUAGGGGCAGCAGGGCAGGUUAAGGGCAGUGGUGGAGUCGCCAGAUUUUUGGUCGGCGUCGGUACCCGGAUGCGGCAACAACGGUGCUGGCGGCGGCGGCCGGCAGCGUGGGAGGAGGCUGGCGGUGGUUAUAGGACUGGGUAAAUGCUGUCGAGUAACUUUAGAUUUGUCACUGUGGACAUGUCACAACGGAUGUGUCACUAUGUCCGACGCGGGGCCCGGCGGGGGCCGGUGGGCAUUGUAGCGAGUGUCACUAUGUUGCGUGGCACUGUAUCGGAUGUCACUGCGACGGAUGUCACGGCUACGGAUGUCACUGCAAAUUAGGACUAAAUUAGUAAGCUUAAAGCUUAUUAGUCACAAUUCUGGAUUUUUUUUUGAAAAUGUCACUUUUUUUGUCAUUUAUCUAACUUCUAGUAAUAUUGAGGUCAAAACCCCAUCUUUAUUGGUAACUCUUGUACUCCCCCCGUUCCUAUUUUAUCUUCCAAAUAG